AUGUCUUACGAUCGGUACUUAGCCGUAUGUAAACCAUUGCAUUACGCAGCCCUUAUGAGUGACAGAUUUUCUUUCAAACUUGCAGCUGGUUCAUGGAUCAAUGGAUUUAUAGUUGUCUCCAUUGUAUAUCUCUUGUUGUUUCGAUUAACCUUCUGUGGACCCAAUCAAGUUGAUCAUUUCUUUUGUGACUAUGUUCCAAUAAUUAAACUCUCCUGCAGUGACACCUAUGAGAUUGAACUUGCAGUUCUCAGUCUUGACUGUAUAUUUGUUUUACCCCCAUUCCUUUUGACUCUCAUGUCCUAUGUCUGUAUUAUCACCACCAUAGUAAGAAUCCCUUCCACUACUGGGAGACAAAAGGCCUUUUCCACCUGUUCCUCUCAUAUUACUGUGGUGACCAUUUUCUAUGGGACCCUAAUUUUAGUGUACAUGUUCCCAAGAACCAACACCCUUAGAGCCCUGAACAAAAUAUUCUCUCUUUCCUACACUGUGCUGACCCCAUUGGCCAACCCUCUCAUUUACAGCCUGAGAAACAAGGAAGUCAAGGAGGCUGUAAGGAAAGCUGUCUGUGUGUUUAUGAAUUGGAGAGGAAUGCAAACAUUGUUAAACUCUAUUAGCAGGUUUAAGCAAAAUGGAAAUAACAGGAAUCAAAGCUGUGGAAAAUGA